CUCCAGGGCAGUUUUUUGUCACGUGCCUCACCGCCUUCCGUCCGUCACUGCUGGUUGGGUUGAAGAUCUAUUCCGAUAUGCCGCAGUCAUCGAAAGAGUCAUCGAAAGAGUCAUCGUCGCUGGCCUACCACUCUUUCCUUAUAAAAUUUUCCUUCAUCGUUCCUUUGUCGUUGUGAUACAGUCAUGGCUUCAGAAGGUUCGAAGGAUCUGCCCGUCAGGCCCGCUCCGGGCCCCCAAGGUGCCGGUUCGCUGCCCGAUUUUAUCGUUGAGCGCAACAACUUCUUCGAAGAGCUUUGGCAGCAAUAUAUCGAGGAGAUCAAGAACAAGCCCCACCCCGAAAUUACUGUUAUUCUUGAACUCGGCAACGGCAACAAGGAACAGGUUUCCGCCAAAGCCUGGGAAACCACCCCGGCCCAGCUUCUCAAAAAUGUGCCUAAGGAUCUUAGUGCCACCAUUGUGCUCGCGAAGAUUGACGGUAAGGAACUCUGGGACUUGAGCCGCCCGUUAGAAGGCAAUUGCACGGUCUCUUAUGUGCGAUUUGAGGAUCCCGAAGGAAGAGAGGUUUUCUGGCACUCUAGUGCUCACUGCAUGGGUGAGGCUUGCGAGUGCGAAUUUGGAUGUCUCCUUUCCCAUGGACCUCCCACCCCGCAGGGUUUCUUCUAUGAUAUGGCCAUGCCCGAUAAUCGUGUUGUUAGAGAAACCGAUUGGCCAGCAUUGGAUAAGCAGACAAAUCGUGUCUUCAAGGAAAAGCAGAGCUUUGAUAGAUUGGAAGUCACAAAAGAGAACCUGAGAAAGAUGUUCUCGUACAGCAAGUACAAGCUGCAUUAUAUCGAUAAGCUGGUGACCGGAGAAAAGAGCACUGUGUAUCGGUGCGGUACCUUGGUCGACCUUUGCAGGGGACCCCACAUCCAGAACACCGGCAAGAUAAAGACCUUCAAGAUUAUGCAGAACUCGUCUGCUUAUUUCCUUGGUGACCAAAGCAACGACUCCCUGCAGCGUAUCCGUGGUGUUGCUUUCCCUGACAAGAAGCAAAUGCAAGAACAUCUGAAAUUCCUAGAGGAAGCAGAGAAGCGCAACCACUUGAAGAUUGGCAAGGAGCAGGAGCUCUUCUUCUUUGACGAAGUCUCUCCGGGAUGCCCUUUCCUGCUCCCCAACGGUACCAAGAUUUUCAAUGCUCUUCAGGCGCUUCUGCGGUCCGAAUACCGUAAGCGUGGUUACCAGGAAGUUCAGACGCCUAACAUGUACGAUGUGAAUAUCUGGAAGACAUCCGGACACUGGGCCCAUUACAAGGAUGACAUGUUUAAGCUUGACGUUGAGAAGAGGGAGUGGGCGCUCAAGCCUAUGAACUGCCCCGGGCAUUUCGUCCUUUUCGGUCAUCGUGAGAGAAGUUACAGAGAACUCCCCCUGAGAAUUGCAGACUUCGGUGUUCUCCACAGAAAUGAGGCGUCUGGAGCAUUAAGUGGACUCACCCGUGUCCGAAAGUUCCAGCAAGAUGAUACUCAUAUCUUCUGUACCCAGGAUCAGAUUACCUCGGAAAUUGAGGGUCUUUUCGACUUCUUGCAGUCUAUUUAUGGACUUUUCGGGUUCACCUUCAAGUUGAAGCUUUCCACCCGCCCAGAGAAGUACCUUGGAGAACUCGAAACCUGGAACUAUGCUGAGGAACAGCUCAAGGCAGCCAUGACCAAGUUCAAAGGUGAUGACUGGACCAUCGAUGAGGGUGACGGUGCCUUCUAUGGACCCAAGAUCGACAUCACCAUUGCUGACGCUCUCAAGAGAGAGUUCCAGUGUGCCACAAUUCAGCUUGAUUACCAGGCCCCCAUUAAUUUCAAGCUUGAGUACAUGAGCCACGAAAAGGCUGACAAGAGCCAAGCAGCUACUGAGGAGGGCGAGAGCAAGUCUAACGACCCUGGUCCUGGCCGUGCUCGUCCUGUUGUCAUCCACAGAGCUAUUAUUGGCAGCUUCGAGAGAUUCCUGGGAAUUCUGAUUGAGCACUUCGGUGGCAAGUGGCCUUUCUGGAUCAGCCCUCGCCAGAUUCUGAUUGUUCCCGUCAUGCCUGCUGUGAACGACUACGUGGAGGAGCUGCAGACAAUCUUGCGGGGCGACAAGCUGAACGUCGACAUUGACAUUAGCGGAAACACUAUGCAGAAGAAGAUUCGCACUGGACAGUUGGCCCAGUACAACUUCAUUUUCGUUGUUGGCGCUCAAGAGAAGGAGGCUCGCACUGUUAACAUUCGCAACCGUGACGACCCUGCUACUCAGAAACAAGGUGUCAUGGUCCCUCUCGAGGAGGCACGUGCAAAGCUUCGGGCUCUCAGGAAAGAGCGCAGAUUGGUUAGCUCUUUGUAGAGUGGAUUUUAUGAGCCCUUUCUUGCGUUUUCUUUGUAUGACGAUUUAAGCGUCGCAUCGCAUAACCAAGACACUAUAGAGCAUAUGGGCAUUGUGGGCAACGGUGUUGGUAGGUGUAAGGAACAACGAUAAAAAGAUGAAUGAAGCAACGACGUCCCAAAAGGAGACGAAU